GUCUUCAAGCCUCACAGCAGGUGAUACUCGUCGCUUUUCGUCGCUUUCUCAAAUGCCGCAUCACAUGGUUCUCACCGCACGGUGAUUCUCGACCGUCGCUCCACAUGAGCAAAGUCGCGGCAAGCAGCGCAGAAUAGGAAGAUCCGAGGCACGUACAGUAGCAAUCAUCCAAACAGUCAAACCGGAGAUGCUGAGAGAAGCAGGUCCCAUUACAGCUCCACUAGGGGCGAGAAAUGACAAGAAAUCACCCAUCAAGAUUCCCGAAGCAACAGAUGCAACGAACAGCCUCAGCCUCAGCCUCAAGCACAUUUGCAGCACUAGUCGUCGACUUGGACGACGACAUGGUCGACAGUAAGGAACCCGACAACGAAAACCUCGAUGAACUUCUGCAAACAGAUGAGGAUCGCGACUUGCAAGGAACGAUGCCCCCGCAGCUCCCUCAAGAUAACAUUAUUUCGGCUCCAGACGCUCAAGAUCCAGUUCAAACCAUUGAAUCUGACCUGAGCUCCUCGGGAGAACACGAGGACGUUGAGAUCACCGCCACCACUACACUGCCGCCGAUUGCUCCUCAAAUUUCAGACAAGCCGGGCAUCAAAGCGGAGCCGCAAGAGCCCGAGCCGGGUCACAUCGACGACGGCAAUGACAACAAAGUUGGUGUGAUACAUGUGAUCGAGAAUUUCAAGCGCACGGCCGAUGCCCAAAAAUGGGCCAAGAACAUGGAUCCCGAUUGGAAAUUCCGCAAAGCUGGAACCAAGAAGAAAGACUUCGAAAAGGCGUUCAUGGCAGAGCUGGCAAAGCGGAAGGUCCUCUGGGUACAUCGGAGUGAAAUGCCCAAAAGGAAGGAUCUGGGAAAGACCGAUUGGAAAAAGUUGUCCAGUAUUCAUCUGGGCCCAGGAGAUAGCGUUCGCCAGGAUAGUGUCAUGGAGGACUAGCUAAGCUGCUUGGAACGGAUGGAUAGUUUGGAUUUGGUUUCGGACGGAGCUUAUUUAUCAGAUUGAAAGUGUGGCGAUUUUCGAAAAGUUUGUGCGUUUUACAUUUUCGUUCAACCGACAUGCAGAUCCUUUGAGUGUGAAUAAGCAGACAGGCGAUGAGAUAAUUAUCAAUGUAACAGAAAGUUGAGUCUGUUUACUCGGCCCGGCGAUGACAUGAGUGUUUGUCGACAAUAGAAAAUCUCUCGAAAAAUCUUCGGAAAAAUCUUCGUCUCAACCGGAUAUUGUUGAUGCAUCUGUUGCUCGACCCUCCUCGUUUCAAACCCUUCUUUCUUGUAACACAACACUCCCCUUCACUGCCGCAUCUCUAUCCUUGCAACGAGAUGUCCACACUUGCGACAACAUC